UUCAGUUUCUAUGGUUUCUGGAUGAACAUGGAACUCACUAUCAGGGGUCUAAUCAGACUGGGACCUUCAGCUUCAUGGCUGAGAACCCAAGCAUUCACUGCUCAACUCAUCACCUAGAAAUACCCAGUCCAGGCCGUUGGAGGAGGUGGGCUCAAGUCCUCUCAAGUAUCAAGCCCAAAAUACAACAUCAGUUGAUGCCAAGACUCUCCUACCUGCUGGUUGCUGCAGCAUGAAGCCUGCUAAGCUAAGAUUUCUCCUAGGGCUCUUCAUCUUCUCCUGGCUGAUUGUCCCAUUAAUGGGUGGUAUUAAUAAGAUUAAUAAGAUGACGUGCGGAGAGCUCACAGAUCCCUGCCUAAUGGGAAUGAAUUCUGGCAGCUGCUUUGAAAUUCACUUUCGAUAUUUCUACAACAAAACCUCCAGGAGAUGUGAGAGUUUUUACUACUCUGGCUGUGAUGGUAACCUUAACAACUACAAGCUCAAAAUAGAAUGUGAGGUAGCCUGUGUUAAAGAAUACAAAAUACGGUAAGGAAUCCAGUCCUGCUCUGGGUCCUUGGGAGUUGGAAAAGGAAAGGCUCCAAAAUCCCAGGAUAGACAUAGAUUAGGGGCCAUCCCUGGUUUGGG